AUGAUCAUUAACUCCAAUCAUCGAAAGAACAUCAGUAAAGCUGCGAGACUCGUAUUGCUUCGACGGAGGGCAAAUGGCGACAAUGAGGCUGGUGUAUCUGGACUACCAGCUGGAAAUAAAUCAAACAAUGGACUAUCAGGAUCGGCAUCCCCGCAAGAGCUUUACCAAGAAAAUGGCGAAGAGUUUGAACUAAGCAAUUUUGCUUCGCUUACCGACAUGGAGUCCGAGAUCUUUUUACAACCUCCAGCAAAACAGUCGAAGAAAAUAUCAAUAUUCGUUGGUUUAUUCGUUGCAGUAGGAGGAUUUCUAUUUGGCUACGAUACGGGCUUAAUCAAUAAUGUCAGUCAAAUGCCAUAUGUUCUUAAAACAAUCGCUCCAAACAAACACCAGUUCACUACUUCACAGAUAUCAAUUCUAGUAUCCUUUUUGUCUCUGGGUACUUUCUUCGGGGCAUUAUUUGCACCAUUCAUAUCUGACCGUUAUGGGCGGAAAACCACCAUGCUCUUUAGUACUUUUUUUGUCUUUAUGGUUGGUAACUCCUUACAAGUGGCAGCGACUUCUAUGACAUUAUUAGUCGUAGGAAGGGUACUGUCUGGACUUAGUGUUGGACUAAUAUCCGCUGCAGUUCCCUUGUAUCAGAGUGAAGCCGCACAGAAAUCUGUUCGUGGUGCUAUUAUUUCCACCUAUCAGUGGGCUAUAACCUGGGGUUUAUUAGUUGCCAGUGCAGUUUCACAAGGAACCUACAAAAGAAUGAAUGCUUCAAGUUAUCGAAUUCCAAUAAGUUUGCAAUAUGUCUGGGCUUUUACUCUUGGUGUUGGUGUCUUAUUUCUACCAGAGAGUCCACGUUAUUAUGUUUUCAAAGAUAGGCUUGAUCUAGCUGCCAAAUCUUUAUCAUUCUUGAGAGGAGUGCCCGAAGAUGAUUCCGGUUUGCUCGAGGAAUUAGUAGAGAUAAAGGCAACCUAUGAUUAUGAACUGUCUUUCGGUAAAACAUCAUUUCUUGACUGUUUUAGGUCAACGAAAUCAAGAUCCAAACAACGUCUUCGUAUGAUGACCGGUAUUGCUCUUCAAGCAUUUCAACAAGUAAGUGGUAUUAAUUUCAUUUUUUACUAUGGUGUUAAUUUCUUCAACAAAACGGGUAUCAAGAAUAGUUACUUGGUGUCAUUCAUUACUUACGCUGUAAAUGUGGUAUUUAAUGUGCCAGGUCUAUUUUUAGUCGAAUAUAUUGGUCGGCGUAAACUUUUACUUGGAGGUGGCAUAGUGAUGACAUUAGCAAAUUUUACCAUCGCGGUUACAGGUUUAGUUGCAGAUUCCAAGAUUGCCAACAAAGUGAUGAUAGCGUUUAUCUGUUUGUUUAUUGCCUCAUUCUCAGCAACCUGGGGUGGUGGUGUUUGGGUUAUAUCUGCCGAACUUUAUCCCUUAGGUGUGCGUGCUAAGUGCACUUCUAUAUGCGCAGCUUCGAAUUGGCUUUUCAAUUUCAUCUGUGCCCUAAUAACGCCGUACAUUGUUCGUAUCGACAAUGGUCAACAUUCUUCAACCAUGGGGAGCAAAAUCUUUUUUGUGUGGGGUUCGUUAAACGCUAUAUCGGUGUUAGUCGGGUACUUCACCAUUUACGAGACUAGUGGACUCUCAUUAGAAGAAAUAGACGAAUUGUACAAGAAUUCGUCAUCUGGUGUGGACUCUAUGAAAUGGAAUAAGAAGAUAAGGUCCAUGCCGGAACUCUUCCAAAGAAACGCACAAAAUGAUGAUUCAAUCGGGGAAGAGGUAGUAGUAACGGGAAACAAUGUUCACAACUUUGGGGCCGCGCAAGGCUCGUCUUCGAACGAGACCAACAGCAACGAGAACAGCAACGAGAAGUACACUUCUCCAAUAGCAAUGCCUCAAUUCGGUGCACGGAGCAUCGAUCAUCCUUCCAGCGCUUCUGACAUGUUCUCAAAGCGUCUGCCGUUAGCAGAACUGAACUUUGUGGACUUGGGGAACGGACUUGGAAUCACAACCUACCAACGUGGCCCACCUUCCGUGCUUACAGAUUCGAGCGACGAGGAUGAAGAAGAACAAGACCUAGCAGAUGCAUACUCUUUGGAGCACGCCUCCCAGGACACAGAGGACCUGCAUCACCUGCAUCACCUUACCUCCAACAGACGGAACACUAAUGGAUCAGAACCUUUGAGCUCUAAGAGCGGCAGCAGUGCUGCAGGAACGGUGCGCACCUCUCCACCUAAACAUAACAAACACAGAAGGGAAGACUUUAACAUGUACAUGGCUCAAUUAAUCAACCGUGGGUCUCAAGAGGCUGUAUCUUGCUCCAGCGAGCCUAAAAACCAUCCUAUACCCCACGACAUCAUGAGCCAAUGGAACUCGUCUUCCAAAGAAGAGUCAAACAGACGAAAUUCCUCAACAGACAAUAGCAACCCAUCUACGCCAAAAAACACACAUCAUAAAUAG